AUGGAAAGAAAAAGGUAAGACUUUUGAAUGUUUCGUGCAGGGGAGUUGUAACAUCGAAACUUUCUCUGCAGGAAAUGCACGCAUGCAGACGAGCGUUUUGCUGUUUAGUGUUUCACUUAGCUAAACAACGUGUCUUUCAACAUUUAUACCUCGAUUAUAAACAUCAUUUUGAUAUUUUGAGUGUAGUACAUUAAGCCGACAUGCAACAAAUAUAACGGAUAAGCUGGUUGUGGUUACAUUGACGUUAACGACACUGCUAGCUUGAUUAGCUAGCUAAGUUUCAUUGUUUACACACGCUUCACUUGCGGUGCUUCGGGCCCCCUGCACGGUCCGUCACUCCAGCUAUAAAAAUGUCAGCAGAAGAACAAUGAUCGUGACCAAGCUUGAGGAUAAUGUGUAAGUUGUUUACCCGCUUACAAGUAAAUUCAAUGAGAUGUUGUUCAGUGUCAGGAUUGAUCACCUUCGUUGAGACAGUCGAUCUAUUUACAAUACACAUCUGCAGCUUCACACGCACCCAAACAAGGAGCCAACAGGUUUUUGAUCAAGGUGAACUCAUCACACCUUAAGUGGGCGUGCACAGAAGCAACUGAUCGACUCCCUGAACUGAUCCCAAUUUCAAACUACCAUUUCACAAAACUUUGCAGCAAUCCAUCACUUUUUAUUUGUUUAAAUGUGUGAGUGACUGAAGGAUUGUGUUCUCUUGCAGUGUACCUGUGCAGCGCAUCCUCAACAAGCCACAGAUAGUCCGCAGUCUGGGCAGCAACUUUCACUCAAAUGCCAAUGCCAGCUCCUCUCUAGCUGCACGAUCCCUGCUGACCAAAGUGCAGCGCAACAGGCACAAGCAUCUCUAUGACAUCAACCAUCAAAUCAGGGUGAGUCUGGGUUUGUUAUUGACAUUUGUCAGGGAUUUAUGAAAACACGACAUCAAACAGAACAUACACAGUACUCCUCACAGUGGCAUCUGGACCCCUAAAGUGAUCAUAUUUAUAAUAAUAACAGCCUUCUACCCCUGAGGGUUUGUAUCUACUUUGCAGCCUGUUACAAAAGUAUUUUAGAUAUCAUGUUCUUGACUGGAAACGUGUAGCUACAAAAAUAAUCAAUCAAAUUAAAAAUCAAAUUGUAUUUAUAUAGGGCCAAUUCACAAAAGUCGUCAUUAGGGCCUGACCGAUAUGGAUUAAUGUGGGGGGGGGGGGUCUGAUUACCGAUUAAUCAGCUAAUUUUUAAAAAAACUUAAAGAAGUUUUAAAAUUUUGUAAAUUUAAGCAAUAUAUCUACAUAUUUUCUUUUUUCACUUAUUUUAUUCACUUCUCAGUUAUAUUCCACGUAUUUAUCAUGAAUCAAACCCGGACCACAAAAGGGUUUUUAACUAACCCCCCACCCCUGCUGACGAUCGGUGCCUCCGUGUCUUAACUCACGUUACUCAUUUCUGGUCUGGUCUUAUCUGAAGACAUGCAGCUGCCUCAGUAAGAGAAGUAGCUCGAUCACUUAAUGUGUACUGUUGUUUAUUCUGCCGUUUCUGGCACGGCUAAGGGUUUAGCAAGGCUAAUAGCAGAUGGCUAACUCUAACUCUAGCUUGCAUGGUGCUUCACCGAUAACUCGGCGUGACCGAGACCAGCACAGCGGGGAACAUCGUGAAGUGGGUUGAACUGAAACUUGUUGACUUAUUGUGUAUUUCAUAAAUUAGUUUAUUUACGGACCACUCUCCUCCGUGCGUCCCUGAUCUGUCUGCUUCAGAUCUGUCACUCCGCUGUGCUGUGAGGUAGUUAGUGGAUGAAGAUUGUCAUGAGGUCGCUUCGCCAUCUACAUGAUAAGUCAGGGAACUUUUCAAAUCGCUGAACAUUUUCGAAGUGAAACCGAAUCUUAUUCUCCGCAUUUUAUUUCUGAAAAUAUCAGCGAAAAUCGGCGAGUUUUGGCCGAUUACCGAUUAGUCUCAAACAGGCUAAAAUUGGCCGAUUUAAUCGACUUGCCGAUAAAUACAUCAGGCCCUAGUCGUCAUCCCAAGACGCUUUCUGAAGAAAAAGAGCAGGUCUAGACUUCACUCAUUGUUUGAUGAAUUAUCAAGACCCAACCUAAGAUGGGAUUUGGCCCAUCUCAUCUAACAUGAGUAACAGUGUCAAGGAAAAACUUCCUUUUAACAGGCAGAAACCUUGGGUAGGACCAGACUCAUGCUAGACAGCCACCAGGCCGCUGCUGGGUUGGGGAGGGAUACAGAGAGAUAGGGGAGAGAGAGAGAGAAGAGUAGGCGAGAGGGAAGGGGGAGAGAAAGAGAACAAGAUAAGGAGAAGGAGAAUGAGGGAGGGAGAGAGAAUAGAGAACAAGGGUGAGAGAGAGAUAGAGAGAGAGACGGGACAGUAGUGCUGGACGAUAAUUCGAUAACAAUAUAUAUCGAUCGAUAGACGUGUGGUGCGAUAGAAAAAAAACGGGUCGAUAAAAAGUUCGAUAGAAAAACACAGUUUCCCUUUCUUUUUCAUCAUAGCCUAUCAUGUAGCUUUUACUACAGUCAUUACUUCCUCCCAACCAAUCACAAACGCAGACCCAGGUACGCUACAGCACCAAGCCCAGCCCCUAUCAAACCACAACAGACAGCACGUGUAUUAGAAAAAAUGUUACAGCAAGGAGAAGCGGAGGAAAUUGUCCCGAAAAAAGGUUUCAGUAGUUCACCAGCAUGGCAAUGUUUUGGUUUUUACAAGUCUGACAAAAAGUGAGCAGCGGUCGUUUGCAAAAUUUGCAGAGAAUUAGUAAAAACCAAGUCUGGUAACACAACCAACUCGUUCUACCAUCUAAACCGAAAGCACCCGCAGGAGUACGAGCUGUGUCGGCCGCGCCGCGGCUCCACGUCGUCGGAGGAGGAAUCCUCUGGAACCGCUGCCAGCACCAGCACAAAGCAUGUGAAGCAGACCAAACUGGACUUCGUUUCUUGCCAAAAUACGACAAAGCGUCCAAGCGGCAUAAGGACAUCACCCAUGCAGUGACAUGCUGCCAAUAACUACCGUUGAAAAGCCUGGCUUCGACCAGCUUCUAGCCACUCUCGACCCGCGAUAUGAAGUGCCCGGCCGCAAGUAUUUCUCAAACACAGCGCUUCAGGCAUGAAAACGGGUCAGGGGUUGAAAAGCUGAGAAGGGUGCGGAGGAAAUACGUUCCGGUGUUGUGCUGUAGAAUGCACCCCUGCAUCCCGUCCACUCAUUAGCUUCUUAAAGUGGAAGAAAAUGAGCUCAUACGCGAGUAUUUGGAUCAUGGCUACUAGCAGGGGGUGCGUUCGGCAGGGGUGCAUUCUACGACACAACACCGGCGUGGAUAAGUCCUGCUUCUCGUGCUCAGUUUGCGUAUUAAGUCAAUCAUAUGAUAAUUAAAAAAAAGAAAUCUCCCGACCCCGGGAGACACCAGGCUGUGGGCAGUUUCCCACACAGUUAAAACUGGUAGUAUGCUAUUCCCACCUAAAGCUAUUCUGUUUAUUUAUAUAUUUGUUUGUUUUGUUUAUUUUCAUCAAAAGACUAUUUAAAUAUUUAUUUAUCAGAUUUUCUGGUCACUUUAGUCUUUAUGUUUGUCAGUAUUUACUGACGUCACUCAGGCCACUUAAGUUGAUUUCUUUUUUUUUUUUUAAGUUCUUUUUUAAAAAACUUUCAGUUGUGGUAAAAAAAUAAAUAAAAAGGUGGUUGAAUAAAGGUUUGAAUUUGAUUUUAGUGCUUGUGUGUUCUUUAUUAAAAGUAGGUCAUUAAGCAAUAGCAUAAAACAUCCAGGGCUGCAAUUAAAAUAUAUGUUAAAUAAUUAUAAUAAUUAUAUCGAUAAUUAUCGAUAUCGAUCAAUAUGAUUUAUUUUUUAUCGAUAUGCUUUUUUUCUAUAUCGUCCAGGCCUACGGGACAGCAGCAAGAUUAAAACAACAGCGACAACAACAGCACUUCAUGCAAUGAUGAAACAAAAUGAGUUCAGUUUACAGGAUUAGGAUAUAAGUAAUUAUGGACGAUGUUUAAUUAAUAAGUUACCAUAGACUUCUCUGUUGCUGUAUUUUCUGAUGAAUCUUUCACACAGACUGUUUCAAAGUAAUGUGCCACAAGUCUACCAAAUUCCCUCUCAGAACGACAUGACCACAGCUUUUUAUGUAUUUAUUUUUUAUGUUGUAAAAUUGUACAGGAACUUCUGACCGAGUCAUUUUUGAAAAGUUCUACUUUUCAUGAGUAAAGGAUAUUAAAGUAUCCCUACUGUUGUUGUUUCUUUUAAAGGUAAAGCCUGAUUUAAACACAACACUACCAGUGCGACAGACAGCAUCCAUCUUCAAACAGCCAGUUACCAAGGUAACAAAUCACCCCAACAACAAGGUGAAGACAGACCCACAGAAAGCUGUGGACCAGCCCAAACAAGUGAGUCAGAGUCGAGGUGUAAAUUUCAAUCUGCUGAAACAUUCUUCAGAUACAUAAAUAUUUCACUCAUCUUUUGUUUCAUUUGACCAAUUUUUCUUCAUCCAUUCUCUAAACCUUACUACAUCUCUGUCUAACUUGACUGUGAAGUUGAGGAUUUUGUUCUGAAGUAGGAAAGUCUUUUUGUUUUUCUCUAACCUUCAGCUGUUCUGGGAGAGAAAGUUGAGUGGGUUAAAUGCGUUUGACAUCGCUGAGGAGCUGGUGAAAACUAUGGAUCUGCCCAAAGGCCUACAGGGUGAGGGUAACUACAAAAUAACAGCGCUGUAUGAAUCAAAGCCUGUUAUCCUUUUGUGAAGCUUCAUGUUUGCUUCCCUCUUCUCCCCUGGUUUAGGUGUUGGCCCUGCAAGUUCAGAUAAAACACUGCUCUCUGCCAUCGCCAGCGCCCUGCACACAAGCCCUGCGCCUGUCACUGGACAGCUUACCGCCGCCGUGGAGAAAAACCCCGGAGUCUGGCUCAACACAGGGCAGCCUCUCUGCAAAGCUUUUGUGGUGACGGAUGAAGACAUCAGGUAUGAUGAUUAGAAGGAGGAUAAAGUUAUCCACCAGCUGAAACCAUUACUUUGGUUUCUGAUAGCUAAUAUUAUCGUUGGGUAUGAGGUUGUUGUUUUUAAAAUGGCCAUCCAUCACGUCGACUGGGAAUCAGAUCAACUGUAGAAGUAUACUGUAGUGCGGCAGGUGCACACACUACACAGUCAUGCAACAAGUUAGUCCAAGUUCUGAGCUUUUAUUUGAAAUUUCCUGGACGACUGAAAAUGCUGUUAUUGGUGAUAGACAAGAGUAGGUCAUUUGCCAGUCUGUCUUAAAGCCUUGGACCCUAGAUUUGACUCAGUGCAUGAACAUGUUUAGGGUUUGUUUCAUUCAGUCACAUCUGGGUCAACCAGGUUUUCAACCAACCUUUAAAUCGUUAUGAGACGGAUCAAAUAAGACCUGUGAUUUAUUCUGACAAGGGUGGAAACUCAUCACCUCUGGGUAAGUUGUGGGUUGAUUAGGUUCAUUUAUGGUCACAUUAAUAAAGGCUAGAGCUAUGCAAACAAACGUAGACUGUUUCCACACCUGUAGCUCACUUGCUUUGCUUUAAUGUAUAGUAUUUGAAAAAUGUUUUCAUUGUGUUAACACCGUGGGAUCAAGCGCACACCCUGACGGAGUUGUCCUCACAUCAUUCCACAGGUUCAUUUCUCUCAUCGAGUAGGUAAACAAAUGCCUUGCCUACUGGUCGCGCUUUGCAAAGUGGGACGCCACUGUUUUAGUUUAAGGACUGGCCCUGUAAUCUGGAAACUUCCAGCCAAAUAUGUCAGCUGUUGUCAUGGUUAGAGAAGCUGAUGAAACGCGCAGUCCCCAAGAGCACAUUUAAGUUUAUUGUUUUGAUAAUAUGGUGACAUUUUCUCAUUAGGUAAGUUUGUAAUAAAAAAAAACAAAGGCAUUUACAAGUGACACAUUUGGCUAAAAGCUGGUUUUAGACCAAAACUUGACAUAAACUACCAAUAACCAGUCAACCUAGGGCAAAAUGAAGAUGUAGGACCAUCUGGAGAUCGGACAAGAUUUAAUCCUUUAGGGAAGGUUCCUUCAGAGAAAUUGAAAGAUGUCUUAUUGAAUGAGCAGUAUGUAAAGGUAUGACAGUAGCUUGUAUGAAGUAGAGGUUCCAGUGAUGAGGACAAAUUCCUGUGGUUCGACAAGCUGGAAAAAAUUCUCUGUACUAAGCCAGUUGUUGAAUGAGUCACUAGAUGUUGUGGAGUUCGAUGAUGUUGCUGAAGACCAGCCCCUCUGCUAACCUCUUACUACGAGCAUACUUCUAUUAGUGUGACGAGUCAAACAGAUAUCUAUUCUGGCUGCUGGUUCAAUUGAGUUCUCAUCCAGUGAGCCACAACAACUCUUGUAUGCAAUCUCAGUUCACUUGUUUGGGUCUUUAUCAGAGUGCAUUUGCUUACAUACUGGAGAUCCCAGCUAAGGUAUUGUUUUGGAAGAGCAUCUCCUAAUGCUUCUUACAUACUAGAGAAAAAUGGGUAUGAACAGCAUAAUAAACCAUUUCAGAGGUUAACUUCAUUUUGGUGGUACUUUAACUGUCCUAAAUCUUGGAUCCAGUGUACGGACCAGACCCGUCAACUCAAACUUGUUUUCAAGGGCCAUAAGGGCCGAGGCCUUUUGGUAAAUGUGCUUAAGUUGACUUUAUUUUUUGUCUGUCAAAAUGUUUUUGUUGAAUAUUCUUUAAAAAAUAACUCUGCUGAAGAAAAUUUGAAGUAUUUCUGACAAAGAUGGGGAUAAUGCAGGAUCUCAUUUAUUGAGUAUGAAAAUGAGCUCUUUGACCAAACCGAUUCGGCGUGACUGAGUCAUUUUGGGAUUCGAUACAUUUUGUCUUUUGUCCUUUCUUGUCUUGUGGAUAUUCCCUCCUGUCUCUUGGAUGUUUUAGUGUUUCAUGCCAACAAUUUAUAUUUUUCUUUGAUGAACUUGCUGCUUUUGGACAUCCUGUACUGUGAAGUAACUUCUGUGAUGAAGAGAUCAAGAGACCCUUUUGUUUAAGUGUGUAGCUCUUGUAAAAAAAAAAAGGGAUGCCUCCUCCAGCUGUUUUUACAACUUUACGAUCUAACUUCACCUCCAUGUCUGCUCCAAAAUACAGAAGCUUCUGAGGUUUCUGGAUUCAGGAGAUGAAGCAAGAUCCCACAAUGAACUUUGUAAUGCAUAAUCAUGACUAAAACAAAUGCAUUUCCUUCUGCAGUGAACUCUCAGAGCAUCUAAGUGCAGGGGGGCAUCCCUUAACACUUGCUAAAAUGCAGACUUAAAUUGCACUCCAAUAUAUGUACAUAAAGUCCUGAAAAAUUGCAGUCAGUGUUCCACUAUAUAAGGGGAAGUGGAGACGACAUUUUUCCACCAUCAUCCUGAAAAGCUUAUUCUCAUCACUGCCUCUUUUUAUUUCUUUCUGUCCAUCAGAAAGCAGGAGGUCCUGGUGCAGAAUGUGAGGAGGCGGCUGGAGGAAGCCCUCACAGCUGACAUGCUGGCUCAUAUAGAGGACACCACUGCAGACAUAGGAGCCGAUAAAGCAGAGGAGAAAGACGAGCAGGUUGACAAGGAGGAAUUAUAG